GGACAACUUCCUCCUGACCAGCUUCUUCUCGUGAUCUCAGAGUGAAGCAGACCAACAGGACUGAAGCGUCUUCACAGAUCCAGAUCAGAGCAUGUCGGCCCCUUCACACAGAGAGUCCCUUGGGGGGCCCCAGAGCGGCAGCAAGGCCUCCAGGGGCCAGAAGACGCCCCGUUGUCCCGGGGCCACCUUACCUCCUCUGCGCUCCGUGAGCGGGCCUCUGUUCAGCCCGCUCUCCGCCUGCGACAGGCUACCGGUGGGGCAACUCCCCCGUCUGGGGGUCCUGGUGGGACCCGGGAGAGCCAUCGGGGCCACGGGGUGGGAGGAGAGACCUGGACCGGGGGUCGACCUCCCGAUCAGGGCUGCUGCUGAGUGGACAGCACAGAGCCUCACAGAGGAAGAUGGAUCCAUGGCAGUGGAUCAGAAGAUGGCUCCUCCCCUCUCCGGCGUGAAGGUGGUUGACCUACUGGCUCACAGCGCCCCCGGAGGCGUUGAGCUGUACUACCUCAAGGAGGUGCAGGACUCCGGCAGACCCUACGACCUGCAGGUGGUGCGUUUCAGUGACGCGGGCCGCGAGCACUACGUCUUCUCCCGCCACGCCGUCCUCCACGUGACGGAGCGCGGCUACGGGGGCGUGGUCAGCCUGGCCCGGUGGGGCAGGGAGGCGGCGGCCUGGAGAGCGCUGCAGGAAAUCCACUUCUUUAGGGACUUCCGGCUGCGCAGAGCGUUCAGCAGGUGGCAAAGAACCGUCCGGGCCAUCGUGUUCCAGAGGAAGUGUUCGUGUCUGCAGGACCAGCUGCUGGUCGCUGUGCCUCCGUUCAGAGAGGCGCUGCUCCUCUUCGCCAGGGUGGCUGAAGAAGUGCAGCAGACCCCCCCGCCGCCCCUGGACGGGUCUCGAACCUUCACCCUGCCGGAGUUCAGGAGCCGACUGGCGAGCACCAAUCAGGAGCUCCUGCGGUCGCUGGAGAGGUUCUCACGGCGCCGCGCCGCCCUGCUGAACGCGGUGAAGCAGCGCGUCUACGAGGACCUGCAGCGGCUGCAGCUUCACCUGGAACGCGCCAACAAAGCGUCCGGCGGCCGCGAGCAGCCGCUGCACCUCCUCGCGGCCCACCGGCAGCGGCUGCAGGAGGACUCGGCCCGGGCCCGCGGCGCCCUGCUCAAACUGGGCCGCUUCGCCGCGCUCGUGGACCGGAUGACCCUGCAGAGCCUCGUCACGGCCGCCCAGAGAGGCGCCGCGGCGUUCCUCAGCCACGUGGUGCAGGUGACCGUAGCUCCGCCCCCCGGCUCUGCCACAUCACCACCUCAAGCCUCAGGCUGA